AUGGGCAAGCUCAAGGUAUUGGAGCUGCUCGUUGGCCUAGCACAGGCUUGGCCUGAUGAGUACCCCGAUGGUAGUGAAGACACCCUGCUGAGCCCUCUGACCAUGAGGAACUGCGCGGGCAACACCCCGCUGCACGAGGCGGUGGGGAACCGCAGGAGCGCCGUAGCACUGGCGCUGAUAGAUGCCGACCUCUACAUGAUCCACGACGUCAACGGGCGCCACGAGUCGCCAUUGGAAAUCGCCUCCCGCGAGGGCCUUGUCGACGUCGUGCGGAAGAUCGUCGACAUUCCUUGGGUCGACGCCGAGUUCGUGGAGUGGAACCCUUCGGCGGCACGGCUCUUCACCAAGUCGUGUUGGGUGGUCACCCCAAUAAAACAUGAAGCAGCAGCUAUUUUUGUAAAGUUUAUGGUGGGUAAAAUUGGGAUAUCCCUCCACCCGUGGAGAGGGCGGCAGCAGUGCACCGACGAGUUGACCAUGGCCACGAGGGAGGGAACAGGCCUGCUGGAGAAUCGCCCUGACCUGAUCAGUCUUACUGACUCUAGCGGCAAUAACGCCGUGCAUUAUGCGGUGCAGAAGAACGACGCACGCGCGGUGGACAUGAUACAUAAAAUGCAGGUGAGCCUGGCCUACGAGCGCAACCAAGUGCAGCAGACCCCGCUCCAUGCCGCCGCGCGCUACGGCUCGCCGGAGGCCAUCAAAGCUCUGCUCCGUCGGUGCCCCGACGUGGCAGAGAUGGUGGACGGCAACGGCUGCAAUGUCUUCCACGCUGCCGUCGUCAGCGGCAAGAUAGACGCGCUCAGGUGCCUGCUCAGCCGCGUCCGCGCUGCAGAGUUGCUAAACCAGGUCGACGGGGAAGGCAACACACCGCUGUACCUCUCUGCCAGCAUGUUACAUAUCCCUUGCGCGUUGAUGCUCCUCGAGGACCGCCGCGUCGCCCCCUGCAUCCUCAACGGGGACGGCCAGACGGCGCGUAGCCUCGUCCAGGCCAACGCAGCCGGCGGCGAGAAUGCGAUGGAUGCGUACGAGAUGUACCUGUGGAAGCAGCUCAAGCGGGAGGAGUCCAAGAGGUGCCGCAAGCACCAGCUGCCGCCCGUCACCCUGCCCCGCCACAAGGGCUCCGGCAAGGAGGCCAUUAAGCAGAGUGUCGGCAUCCACCUCGUCAUCGCCACCCUCGUCGCCACCAUCACCAUGCCCGGCGGCUAUAGCCAGGUUCAAUGA